GUUAGGGCAUUAUGACGGUUGGUAGCAUAGAGUUGUUGGUAGGUGUUAGGUGUUCUGUGGUUGACAUGGCAGUGAAUGCACACAUGUUGCUGUGAAUGUUCUGUUCAUAGCCGACUUUGGUCCUGUAGUGUGCCUUCUCUGGUGGAAAUGUGCUCAGCGAAACUCGUCUCAUAAUGGACCGGAUAAGAGGCUUGUCGACUAGCGUCCGCAACUCGCCGCUGCCUUCGCCGACACCCAACCACCUCGAGAAACGCAGCGCCAAGGACAAGGGAUCCAAGUUCCUGAGGCGACUGAUUCAUGUGCGACACAUGGACUUUCAGUUUGCCAUGUGGCAAAUGCUCUACCUCUUCGUUUCACCGCAGAAAGUGUACCGCAACUUUCAGUACAGAAAACAGACAAAGGACCAGUUUGCUAGGGACGAUCCUGCCUUUCUGGUGCUGCUGGGACUGUGGCUCGUUGCCUCAUCAGUGGGAUUUGUUUUGAUCCUGCGCAUCAGCUUCUUGGGCUUCCUAAAGUUUCUCCUGUGGGUGAUAUUUAUUGACUGCAUUGGCAUGGGCGUCCUCGUGGCCACUGCACUGUGGGUCAUCAGCAACAAGUACCUGCUCAAGCCAACCUGUCGCACCGAGGAUGUCGAAUGGGGAUAUGCCUUCGAUGUGCACCUCAAUGCCUUCUUCCCUCCGCUAGUGGUGUUGCACGUUUUCCAGCUUUUCUUCUCUCGUUUGCUCUCGCAUCACAUCUCUCUUCUGUUUGGCAACACCCUGUGGCUGAUAGCGCUGGGAUACUACAUCUACAUCACAUUUCUUGGCUACAGUGCACUUCCUAUCCUGAAGAAUACGCACAUUUUUCUCUAUCCACUGGCCCUCCUGUUUGUUUGCUAUGUAGUGACUUUGGUGUGCAAUGUUAACCUUUGUGAAGCCCUCAAUGAUUUCUACGCUUAUAGGGUGAUGUGAAAUGGAAAUAUUUUGCAAUUCUUUAUGGCUUCAUUGUAUGUUGAGAUGCUAACUUAAAAAUAUUUCUGUGCUGCAGUGUUGUAUGUGUGCCCCUAACAUAUAAAUAAAAUUGCAUCAUCAUGUCCUCAGAA